AUAACUCGGGACAUGUUUGACUGCUGCUGUUGGUCAUGAACAAAGGCGUAUGAAGCUUCAGUUUUUCAAAUGGAGUCUGGCUCGGGUGCUUCCACGCUGUACUUCACAUUCAGCCGAGCGCCUGCUGCCCCCUGCCGUCUGAGCCGGGCUCGGGGAGCUCGGGGAGCUCGGGGAGCCGGGGUGGAAGGCAGCCGACUGGACAGAGCUGCAAAUUAAAACGUGUACAUCUGGAUGAACAUGAGAAGCGAAGAGGCAGGACGAGUUUGGGAGAUUUGGAAAGGCUUUUUUUCAAAGACGUUGUGCCCUUUUCUUCACGUUUACUUGGUCAUUUGAACUGGAAGUCUCACUCCUGUACGUGCCUGCUCGGGCUUUCUGCGCACAGUGGACAGACGCCACUCUCCGUCCCCUCCAAACCCCGCCUCCUCUCGCGCGGACAUAACGCUGAUUGGUCAAUCCCCUCCUAGUGAGAGCCAGCGGCGAGCCUCCCCAUUGGCUGAGGGCCGCUCGGUGCGCAGAUGAGAUGCAAAUCCAGAGGUCUGCCCGUAAAAGCUCGGCGCCGCGAGCCCGAGUGGCCACUCAUGUAGCGGGGGAGGAAGAGACGCGCGCGAUGUGCUGCCACUGACGGAGUUCAGCUUCACUUCCCCUUCGUCUUCAUGCUUCGUCACUUUCCUUCCACUUGUGAUGCCAAACGUGUGGAAGCGUGAUUUCUGCCGCGAGGAGACAGCGGCGUCCCAGAGUGAUUUGUUGUGCGUGGAGAGCGCACGCGGCGCUGCUUCGGACAUCCGGCGCGCGUGGACGGGCUCGAGCUCCGCAGCCGGGCGAGCGUUCAGGCACAGAUAAGAAGUCCACACACAGAGACGCUGCUCGUGCUGUCAACAAGACGCCUCGGGAGGAAGUUGAGUCUCUGUGGACCACCGAGCCGCCCAGAUGGUGUUUCUGUGGGACGCCAAAUACGCUGUGGCGUUCUGGUUCUGUCUGGAUUUGUUGACUCUACCACCAAACGUCUCCAGUCUGGAGAAAAGGAAAUCUAACAUCUGCUCUCUCUCAGACCCAGCCCCCGGCCGGCGCUACACCCCCCCCUCCACCACCCUCGCCUCGGGGGGGAAGAUGGCCGAGGCCCUGCCCCUGGGCGCCCAGGAGGCCGGAGGCGGGUCCGCUCUGGUGGGCAAACUGCGCAUGGCCGAGCGCGGCGGCAUGGUGGAGGUGAUCUCGGAUCAUCCAGGAGAGCUGGUGAAGACCGACAGCCCCAACUUCCUCUGCUCGGUGCUGCCCACACACUGGAGGUGCAACAAGACGCUGCCCAUCGCUUUUAAGGUGGUUGGCCUAGGCGACAUCCCUGAUGGCACCUUGGUAACGGUGAUGGCGGGAAAUGAUGAGAACUACUCAGCUGAGCUUCGUAACGCCACGGCCGCCAUCAAGAACCAAGUGGCCAGAUUCAACGACCUGCGCUUUGUUGGCCGCAGUGGAAGAGGGAAGAGCUUCACUCUGACCAUCACAGUGUUCACCAACCCUCCUCAGGUGGCCACGUACCAGAGAGCCAUUAAAAUUACAGUGGAUGGUCCUAGAGAGCCACGGCGUCAUCGUCAGAAGAUGGACGAGGUCAAACCUGGCUCUCUGGCUUUCUCGGAGAGGCUAACAGAGCUGGAACAUCUGAGACGGAGCUCGAUGAGGGUGACGCCUCCUCAUCACCAUCACCAUCAACCCUCCGCCAACACCCGCCAAUCUGCAGCACUCAACUCUGCCACCUUCUCCAGCCCCACACACACUCAGAUAACUGCUGAUUCUAGACAGAUGCAGUCGUCUCCAUCUUGGUCCUAUGACCAAUCAUAUCCCUACCUUGGCCAGAUAACCACGCCUACCGUCCACACAGCCAAUCCCCUUUCGCCUGGUCGAUCUUCACUCAGUGACCUGUCCUCACGACUCACAGGUCCUGACCUCACGGCCUUCGGCGACCCCAGGAUGACCUUAGAACGACCUUUCACCUCUCUCCCCUCCUUGCCUGACACCCGCUUCUCCGACCCCCGGGUCCAUUACCCUCCCACAGCGGCUGCCUUUACCUACACCCCCUCUCACAACCCCGUCUCCAACAGCGCCCUCGGCCUCACCAUGGCAACGGCCAUGGCAACUACCCCUGCGGGGAGGUACCACACCUACCUGCCUCCUCCCUACCCGGCGAACACCCCCCACCAGGCUCAGAAUGGGCCCUUCCAGUCCACCUCCUCACCAUAUCACCUGUACUACUCCACUGCGGCCGGGUCAUACCAGUUCUCCAUGAUGGCUGGGGGAGGAGGCAGCAGUGACUCGCGCUCCCCGCCGAGGAUCCUGCCGCCGUGCACCAACGCCUCCACAGGCUCCUCCCUCCUGCAUCCCUCUUUGCCCAAUCAGAGUGAAGGAGUGGGUGUGGAGGUGGAGUCCAGCCACAGUAGCUCCCCAACAAAUAUGGCAGCUGCUGAAGCUGUCUGGAGACCUUACUGAACCAGUCAAGGUGGUAGAGGACACUUACAGUGACCACCUGGUCAUGUGAUGGCGGACACCAUCACUGAACACAUCAAUCCAAAAUAAAAUGAGUGACAUGAGGGGCCAUAAGUCAAUGUAAUGUCAAUGAUUUUGUGUCAACAUUUAGACUGGGAGGGCUGAGUGAGCCGCAACCCCUAAUCUCAGUUAAAGUAUAAGACCAAUUUUUCCACAAAUCUCAUGAAAAGACCGAAACCAACAAUGUGUUAGUCCUUCUCUCGAUACUUUCUGACUUCCUGUCUGUCUCCAAGCCCAUUGGUUCCUACUGAAGACGUAAAUCUUUAAAAACAGCUCACAAAUAUAGUUUAAUUUUUAAAAAAGGGGUCAUUAAUUGUCUAGAGGAAAAUAGUGCAUCUGUUGGGGACUACUUUCAGCGGCGGAUGAAUCCACAUGUGGCGCUGUAGUGAGUGUUUGGGGCAGCAGGACGGUGUGUGUGGGACUGAGUCAGGAUAAACUCCAGUGUGUGUGUUCACGGUGAUGAAGGAACAUGUCACCCAGUGCAGCAGAGCGGCUCGCUGAUGGGUUUUAAUAGUUUGUGGACAACAGAGGAGCUCUGCGGCUCAGAGGAGGAAGAUCCAUCAGGCUGUGGGACUGCCCAUAAGAUAGACAAAGUCGAACUUGGUUGUGUUCCAUAUUGUGUAUUAUAUUGUCCCUAAAGUUUUCUCCCAGAACCAGAUUGAUAUUUUAAAACUCAACUGUGAACUGGGUUGAGAUUCAAAACAUCAACAGUGAGCAUGGAAAUGUUGGGACAUAUGGUACCAUCCAGCGGUUGUGCCCCCCAGCAAUAUUGAUUGUCACCUAUCGAUGCAGUUUCCUGCAAGUGUUCCUAGGGUAAACUGCAUCUUAGGAAGUCUGCUGACUUUUUAUUUUAUUUAUACUUGAUCACUGUAUUAUUCAGUAGUUAAUGGUUUCUAUUUUUUGGAGAAACUCCUGUACAUCAUCACUUGACCAGGAGCCAGAUGUGUGCGCCCAGUUUCUGGGCUACUGUCUACUGACAAACAAUGUUGGCCAAUGAAAAGCAGAAUGACUGACAGGUGCAUUAGCCAACAGACAGCAGGGAGUGGACUUGUUAGGUUAUAUAAACCUAACAUCCCAGUCCCGCUUUCAGGACAGAAAAGGACUCCAGAGAAGAGCUUCUAUUAAAUGAAGGAACUAAAGAUGGACAGAUAAACGGAGAGAAGCAGGGUAAUAUUUUGGUUUUACACUGACAAAGUGCAUGCAGCAGCACUGGACUGAUCUCAAUUCAGCUUCUUUUGUAAAAUAAUAAGACUUCAUCCGCAUAAAUGUUGUCGGUGUUGUGAAUAGAUGAUUUGCUCAUGCCAAAUAUUGUUAUGGCCUGUUUGUUUACCUUCAUCAUUGUUUGCUCCCCACUGUUUUACCACUCCUCUCUCAUUCUGAACCCAUCGUCUCUUGGAGAACAUACAGAAACGUGAUCACUCACUUAGGUGGCUUUCAUGGCCCCUGAGGGCUGACUAUGACCUCUAACUCUGGCUUCACUGCAGACUGCAUACUUAAUCAUCGCCAGUCAUCAGUUAUUAAUAUUUCUUAACUGGUUAAGCUAGUCGAUUGAUUACAUAUUUAUUGUAGAUGGCCCUAACCAGACUGGACAUUUUGAUCAGAUUUCUACAUUAACACCAAAGAAAACGGUGAGGUCUAAAUUAUGUCUCAGGUGUUUUUUACACAGAAUAUUGGUUUUGACAUGAAAAUGCUCAAAUUGAAAGAUUGUAGCAGCUUUAUUUACUCUGGCUUCCAAACCCCUCUGUGUUGAAUUUUGACUCAUUUUCUCACCACACUGAAAAACAUUAAAGCAUGGAUUUUUGUUAAAUACUUUAAUUUAUUCCUACAAUACCAUUUUUGGUAGCAUUUCAUAUGUGUGUGUGUGUGUGUGUGUGUGUGUGUGUGUGAGAGAGAGAGAGUGUGCCACAUUUACCCAUGACCCACUGUUGAUUUGUACUGUAUAUAACCAUGGCUGUGACACCUGCAUUUGAUCACCCUUUCCUCUCUCUCUCUCUCUCUCUCUCUCUCUCUCUCUCUCACACUCACACUCACACUCACACACAUACACACACACACACUAGUUUUGUUUUGACAUUGUUGAUUGUGCACAUUUGGGUUUGAUUUCUAUAAAUAUUCUUGCGAACACAA